AGUAAUCAGAGAUCUCUCCUCUGCUCCUCUUGUCAGAGCCAGCCAUGAACCAGCCGAGCUCCCCGUCCUCCAGACCCGCGCCGACUCUCCGCCCGUCUCCCUGACUCUCACCGAAGCACCAUGAAGAGGCAAAACGUGCGGACCCUCGCACUCAUCAUCUGCACUUUCACCUACCUGAUCGUCGGAGCGGCGAUCUUCGACGCGCUGGAGUCCCAGAAGGAAACGAGCCAGUGGAGUAAGCUGAAACUGCGCAAAGAUGAGCUGCUCAACACCUUCAACCUGUCCUCGGCGGACUUUGACGAGCUGGAGAAGGUGGUGCUGCAGCUCAAGCCGCACAAAGCGGGGGUGCAGUGGAAAUUCGCCGGCUCGUUUUACUUCGCCAUCACUGUGAUCACCACUAUAGGGUAUGGCCAUGCAGCCCCCAGCACAGAUGGAGGGAAGGUGUUCUGCAUGCUCUACGCCCUCCUGGGCAUCCCUCUCACUUUGGUCAUGUUCCAGAGCGUGGGUGAGCGAAUGAACACCUUUGUAAGGUACCUGCUCCACCGCCUGAAGAAGUGCCUUGGUAUGAGGCAUACUGAGGUCUCCAUGGUCAACAUGGUGAUCAUCGGCUUAAUAUCCUGCGUGAGCACACUGUGUGUAGGAGCCUUGGCCUUCUCGCACUUUGAGGGAUGGAGCUUCUUUCACGCUUACUACUACUGCUUCAUUACACUCACCACCAUCGGCUUUGGGGACUACGUAGCUCUGCAGAAGGAACAUGCGCUGCAGACCAAGCCAGAUUAUGUGGCCUUCAGCUUCAUCUACAUCCUCACCGGCCUGGCUGUGAUCGGAGCCUUCCUCAACUUAGCAGUACUGAGGUUCAUGACCAUGAAUGCAGAGGACGAGAAAAGGGAUGCAGAGCAGAGGGCUCUCCUCUCCCAUAACGGUCAGGCGGGGAGACACAUCCAUUGCUCAAUGGAUCCAGCCUCCUCCUCCUCCACACCAUCUGGGUGUGGCGGAGGAAGCGGAGUUGGAGGCAGUGGUGGAGGGGCGGCAAGUAGGGGUCUGCGUAACGUUUACGCUGAAGUUCUACACUUUCAAUCCAUGUGCUCCUGUCUUUGGUACAAGAGCAGAGAGAAGUUGCAGUACUCUAUACCCAUGAUCAUCCCACGUGACCUCUCAAACUCCGAUACCUACAUGGAGCAGGGGGAGGCGUACUCCAAUCCCUUCCACUCUAAUGGCUGUGUGUGCAGCCUGCAGCGCCACUCGGGCAUCAGCUCUGUUUCCACUGGUCUACACAGCAUCAACACCUACAGGAGACUCAAUAAACGCCGGAGCUCCAUCUAAACUUAGUAGACUUCAUGCUCCAAGGUGAACACAUCUCCUGGCCCAAAGAGAGGCCAGAUUCCUGAUGUUCGCAUCAUUCUGGCAAUGAAGAACCUGCAGGAUCCAGCCAUGUUUUUAACUGCCGAUAGCUAAGCACAAACCGUUGACGACCAACAUCGUUACUGGCAUUUCUGAGAAAUAAUGCUCAUGGUUGCUUAAGUGGAAGCAUUUUUUUUCACAAACUAUGAAACUGUUGCUGUUAAGAACAUGGGGAAAAACACAAGUGAAGCUCUGUACGUCUCUGAAUUCUAAUAUUAAACAUCUUAGUAUUGAAUUCAGUAAAUUACUUGGUCAAAUGACGAAUAAAAAAGGGACAAAAUACACUGUGAUACAUGUUUAUAAGAUAGAUUGGGGUUGUAUUAACUGUAUAUAAAGCCCUUCACAGAAAUAUUUUAUUGAAUAUUCUUUAAUACACUUUCCUUUCCUAAAGGGAUCUUUGGUUGUAAGUAUUAUACCCACUUCAGAGAAAUAUAUAUGUGUAUAUAUUUGGACACUUCACUUGUUGGUGAUAUGGAGGAAAAGCCUAUUUUUUCAGUGAAAGUUUUCAUAAAAGUUCUCACCGUCUGUUCCUUUGUUUCUGUAACUGAUGUUCCGGUUCAAGCCAAUGUUUCUGAUCUGUUUCAUCUUUUGUCCUUAAAUGAAAGUCAUAUUGACUGAUUGUUUUCAUUGACGGUGACAGAGCAGGUUUUGCCCAAAUGUCUUUUUGAAGGAUGCAACACUUUUUAACAGUUGUUGGGAUCGAAAAUUGUGGCAGUGUCUCUAACCACUACGACUCCCUCUCAGCCCUUUCAUACCUCACUGUUGUACAAUGAAUUUGUUUCCCAUGGUUUCUUUACUACAUGCUUUAUUUACUAUACUUACUUGUCACAUAGAGAUUAUAUAAGAGGUAGAUGUAGCCCCCAGACUUCACCCAUUGGUUGGUGGGAUAUUAUUUUAAAGCCCAGUUUGGCAUUUUGGCCAUCAUCAUCUUGUUUCUUGUCGCCAGAAGUUUUCAUUCUUAAGAGCGGCAAGAAGUUAGCAAACGCAAGGCUGUAAGCUAAUCUAUAGUAAGUAGUAAGAUUCACAUGCCAAGUGGUAAUCACAUACAUUUGUUUAACGUAUGCUAGGUCAUCUUAUACACUACAUUAUCAGCAAAUUCUAGAUCUAGAUUGCAUCUCAAAAUUACAGUAAAUGGGUGUUAAUUGGAUAAAAAAAUGUUGCCAUAGCUUUAGCUUUAACUCUAGGGCCGGAUCCACAGAACAGAGCAUAGGAAAAGGGUAAAAUGCAUGCUAAAACGGAUCAAAUUUCAUGGUGCUAUUAGAAGACGCAAUCCAUUACUAGUGGAUCUGGCCCUAUGUAAUAACCAAUAAACAAAAAGACUCAUUAGAGUGUUUAACAACCAAUCAUUGUUGUUGGCUGUGCUAGUAAUAUUUCAAUUGCAAGGUAACCACAGGAGCAUAUCCUGCAUUUUCACAUUUUAUUUGUAGGUAGACAACAACAUAUUGAAAGUAAUGAUUUUGACCAUACACUCAUUAGAAUAAAGUUAUUAUGGUUAUAAAUUGGGGGAGAAGAAGGGUCAUUUUCUUAUUGACUGCCAUAGAAGUAGACAUCAUUUAUAACCAGCGGAUUAGCCUCCUGCUGGCCAUUAGUAAUAAUGCAGGCUCUAGGAACUUUCAAAUUGGUUUCACUUUUAGAGACCAGGCUACGUCCAUUUCUUUUAUACAGUCUAUUGCUGCUGGUUUUAAGUUUAAAAAGAGCACAAGUAUACCCUCAUAGCUUAACUCAGGUGUGAAAGCUCACCAUGGUAGAGAUUCAUACCUUACUCACUGCUGCACCUUAGAAAAAUGUUGUAUAUGCUUUAGGACACUGGAAUUCAGUGAACUUUUGUUUCAUUUUUAGUUAUUUACUCCAUGGAAUCACAUUUGGUUAUGUUUUGUAAAUUAUAAGCCCUGCAUAAUUAUAUCUUGCGUUAUCAGUCUGACAUGUUUGUCUACAUAUAAAUGUUAUAUAUUGAGAAUAAUUGCAGUAAACCUAACAAAGAAAUAGCCUCAGAAUUUGCACCACAUGCACUUAGUGGGCUUUGCUGCUGCCCCAAACACACUUGAUUCAGCCAACUGAGGUCUUCAUGCAGUUUUAUCAAUUGUUUUAAGACCUUUUGAAGGAGUUUUCUUACACAGACUUCAUUUUAUUUAUUGAUCAUUUUUGUAGGUUUACUUUACAGUGUCUAAACAUUUAAGUAAUUCAAAAUGAAUUAAAAACACAUUUAAAUAUUUUUGUUUUCCACUGGAAGGUUCUUAUCAGCUGCAAUAAGUCUGUUAACAUUGAUUAGCAUCUCUGAUGAACUAAAGGAGCGACUGCAGUCGACUGUGUGUGGCUAUACAUCUACCAUAUGUUUUCUCUUUCAUCAUAAUAAAAUGUCGUUUUAAACAUCAA